AUGUCCAAGCGCCGGGGAGAUGAUGCACAGUUUGAACUUCCCUCUGCCAAGAGGUAUCGUGGUGGUGUAACCUCCCCGCUCGACCGCUUGUCUUCCCUAAGCGAUGAACUACUGCUCCAUGUCCUGUCGUUUCUCCCAAUCUCGUCCUUGAAUGUGUGUCAGAGGUUGUCUCAUCGGUUCCAUACUCUUGCUGGCGAUUCUGAAUUGUGGAAAAGACAGUACUAUUCACAAUGGGUUCGCCCUCGAGCUCGUCGCUUAGCGAAUGUGACUCGGUCGUCACUACCACCGAGGGUAGAGUACACGCCAAAGGUCUCGACAUGGUUUGAUCACAGCCAUCUAGCCGAGGAGGGAAAGGCCACUAACUGGAAAGGACAAUAUCGUCUUCGGCACAAUUGGUCCACGGGAGUCUGUCGAGUGACUGAAGUCGAACUUCCUCACCCACCUGCCCCUCCUGUACUAGUCAAGCUUUGUGCGGGAGUUGUCUUUACGGCUGAUGCGACGCAUGGCCUACGAGCUUGGUGUGCAAAAGAUCCCGCAUACUGCCUGGCAAAGGCCCCCUUUCCAAAACAGCCAGAUGAGGCUACCGUCUCUCCAACCGCGUUAGCGGUGAGCCAGCUAGAUGACGAACGGGAAGUUGUUGUUGGGUUUGAUGAUGGUCACUUCAACCGCUACGUCUUCGACAUGGAAACGUCUCAACUACGUCUCCGGUCUAGUCACAUCGGAUUCAAGGAUGGUGCCAUCACCGCCAUAGCUUUGUCUUCACCAUAUCUCUUGAUUGUUUCCCAACACAAAAGCCUUUCGUUGUACAAUCUCCGAGUCUCAUCCCACGUUUCCGAAAUGACUAGCGAGGCUACAAAACUGCGGAAGUUGGCUUCGCUCAACGCAGCCAAUAUGGUGGCACCAAUGACCCUUUCCCUCCGCACAUCUGGCCCAGAAAUUGUCGCUACGAUUGUCUACAGUUUCUUCCACAUUGGCUGCGGAUGGUCUUUGGGCAUUCAAGAACUGCGGUUCAACCAAAAUGGUCAGCAGAUGGAAUCCCGACUUGCCAGUACGGUCGAUUCCCAGUAUGGUACUAUGCAAUCGCGGGCCCGGACAGCCUCACGCAUGCGACGACAUUCCAUGGGGGCUGACCCGAGUGAUGGUACCAUUGCUGCAGCCCCCGUAGUACCUUCAAUCGUGCAUCCGCACCCACCGACCUCCAUGUCCUACUCUCAUCCCUAUCUGCUGACCUCGCAUGCGGACAACACCUUGACCAUGUACCUGGUGGUAUCGGACCACCACCGAAUCUUUGUUCGCGGCGGUCAGCGGCUUUGGGGACAUACGUCUUCGGUAUCCGCCGUACAAGUCACUAACCGAGGGAAAGCGGUUUCUGUGAGUUCUCGCGGCGACGAGAUUCGCAUUUGGGAGCUCGAGCCCGCAGUGCGCUCUCUCGGCAGCCGGCAAUUAUUGCAAGAGGAAAAGAGCAUCCAGGUCAACCCCGAGAACAAAGAUCGCGAUGGAUCGGAGUUGGAGUCUUCGCCCCGUAGUCUCAGGGGGGAUCUGAGUGAUUCGGGGCUUGACACUGGUGUGCCUGAGGAGGUGUCCGUCAUGCAUGGAUGUGUUGGAUUUGAUGACGAGCGAGUACUUUUGCUCCGUGAGAAGACUGUUGGCACGCAGCUACUGGAAUGCUACGAUUUCACGUAG